AUGGAAGAACAAACUGAAAACAACCAGCCAACCACGUCUGAGUCCCAAAGCAGUGAAGUAGAAUCUCUCUCCACCAUGGGCUUCGGAGAACUGGACAAUUCGUCUUUCCAACUCACCAUGGAAAAAUUAAACGGAAAGAAUUACCAUGAAUGGGCUCAAUUAAUCAAGCUCAUUGUCGAUGGAAAAGGUAAAUUGGGAUAUCUUACCGGAGAAAAGAAGCAGCCUGCCUCAACCGAUGCCGUCUUUCUGCAGAGAUGGAGGUCGGAAAAUUCAUUGGUGAAUGAUCAUCUUACCGUUGAAAGCUUUUUGCAAUCUCUGGGCCUGGAAAAAUAUGCAAUUUACUUUAAGGCUGAGGAAGUGGAUAUGUAUUCUUUGAAGCAGAUGGGUGACAGUGAUCUGAAAGCGUUGGGAAUACCUAUGGGCCCAAGGAAGAAGAUCCUACUUUCCCUGCUGCCUCGCAGUUCCAAACGACCAGCAUGA